CAUGAGUCCCCCAUGAUUCUUCCCCUAGUGAUGAUUUGUUCUAGAGAUGUGAGAUGAUGCAUUUUACACGUUUCCAAUAUUAAAAGGGUCUAAAAGUCAUUUCCUCCAUGAUAAUAGAAGUCAAUGCACAGAGGACCAUUUUGAAUCCGAAGAGUUACCUUUGGUACUCUUACCACUUGUUACCCCGAUAAAUACAGAUUCCCCGUAAUGCAAAUCUCUCAGGCAAUCCGUUGUACCUGGUCACCUCAAUAUUCCAAUGAGAUGCUUCAGCAGCCACUGAGGAGUUUUAAACCCUAUAUUCUCCACACCAUUUCAAGCAGCAUUAGAAGAACAGCUACUAGAAAAUACCCAUUUCCAAUGGCUACUCUGUCCACCGCUUCAACCCAGAAUGAGGCUGUUUCUACUCAAGAUGUGUUAACUCGGAUUGUCCCUAGGCCUGUGCAGGUUGCCAAGCGCCUAGAGAAGUUCAAAACUACAAUUUUCACCCAAAUGAGCAUGCUAGCCAUCAAGCAUGGAGCUAUAAACCUCGGCCAGGGAUUCCCCAACUUUGACGGCCCUGAUUUUGUAAAAGAAGCAGCUAUUCAAUCCAUUAAGGAAGGUAAAAAUCAGUAUGCUCGAGGAUAUGGAGUCCCAGAUCUCAAUUCUGCUGUGGCUGCUAGAUUCAAGAAAGACAGUGGUCUUGACGUUGACCCUGAAAAGGAAGUUACUGUGACUUCAGGCUGUACCGAAGCAAUUGCUGCAACCAUGUUGGGCUUGAUAAAUCCUGGUGAUGAGGUCAUCUUGUUUGCUCCUUUCUAUGAUUCUUAUGAAGCUACUUUAUCUAUGGCUGGAGCAAAGGUGAAUUGUAUUACUUUAAGACCACCAGAUUUUUCUCUUCCAAUUGAUGAGCUAAAAUCAGCGGUAUCAAAGAAUACUCGAGCAAUCCUUCUAAAUACUCCACAUAACCCCACCGGAAAGAUGUUCACUCGAGAAGAACUCAAUGUCAUUGCCUCUCUGUGCAUUGAGAAUGAUGUUCUAGUUUUUGCUGAUGAAGUUUAUGACAAAUUAGCCUUUGAAAUGGAACACAUUUCAUUUGCUUCUCUUCCAGGGAUGUAUGAACGAACUGUAACCAUGAAUUCUUUGGGAAAGACAUUUUCUCUGACAGGCUGGAAAAUAGGUUGGGCUAUAGCUCCUCCUCAUUUGACAUGGGGAGUAAGACAGGCACAUUCCUACCUCACCUUUGCAACCUCCACUCCAAUGCAAUAUGCAUCUGCGACGGCCCUUAGAGCCCCAGAUUCUUAUUUUGAGGAGCUUAAGAGGGAUUACUUGGCCAAAAAAGCAAUAUUGGUGGAGGGGUUGAAGGCAGCUGGUUUCAGAGUAUACCCGUCGAGUGGAACGUACUUUGUGGUUGUUGAUCACACUCCUUUUGGGUUGGAAAAUGACAUUGCUUUCUGCGAAUACCUGAUCAAGGAAGUUGGUGUUGUUGGCAUUCCAACUAGCGUGUUCUAUCUAAAUCCGGAAGAAGGAAAGAAUCUUGUCAGAUUUACCUUCUGCAAAGAUGAAGAUACUCUUAAAAGUGCAGUCAAGAGGAUGAAGGAGAAGCUGUCAAAGAAGUGAGGAGUUGUAAGAGACAUCAUGCAUUGAAUACCUUAUUGUUCUGGCAUGAAUUCUUUGUAACUGCGAUGAUAGAUAUUCUCUGAAAGAUGAGGCUCAAUAAGAACUUAGCAUGUUGUAAACCCUUAAAACUUGGGAAGCAGUUUCAGAAGUA